AUGUCUGAUCACAUCAACAAGUACGACUAUGUCCGCUUCUCUGUUGCUGAUAUGCACGGAAGAUCAAGAGGAAGAGUUGUUCCCGCAAGACACGUGAAGCGAUAUUUGAAGAAGGGGGUCACACUUUUCGCAGGUGCCUUAUCCUUCGACCUCAACAAUGAAGAUACAAUCAUUCCAUCACCUUUGCUCAAGGAUGGAAGGCAGCCGAAGGUCUAUGCACACCCUGACCUCAACACAUUGUAUAAUGUGUCCUGGUCUGGAAAAGAUGAUGUCUUGGUAGCUGAGGUUAUCUGCGAGAGCUACUGGUUAAAGGACGGAUCGGCACAGCAAGCAUGUCCUCGAUACGUUGCUAGACAGCAACUAGAAAGGUUGGCCAGUAGUGGAUAUAGUUUUUUUUCUGGAUUCGAACUUGAGUUUACACUGACAAAAGUUGAAAAUACAUUAUCUCUGCAAAAAGGCUACGGGAGUCAAAGGUUCGUCAGCAAGCACAGCGACUUCCUCUUUUACUUUGAUAAGCAUAUGUCCCAAGCAGGGGUUGAUAUAGAUUCUUUUCAUUCUGAAUAUGCGGGAAGUUCUAUAGAAAUGGUAAAAAGGCCAUAUGAUGGUAUCAAAAGUGCUGAUUCUUGUGUUGUCCUAAAGAAUGGAAUUCUAGAAAUGGGGGAUAAGAAAGAUUAUAGAAUCAGUUUCGACGCCAAGCAAGAAAGCGGAACAGUUGGUAUGCACUUCAACCAUUCUCUAUGGUCUCUUUCCAAGGGCAUCAAUAUUUUCCACAAUCCCGAUGGACUACAUGGUCUUAGUACUUUGGGGAAACACUGGUUGGGGGGACUGAUGAAACAUGCCAAAGCUCUGACUGCCCUCUGGUGCCCAACUGCCAACUGUUACGAUCGCUUGCACGAACCGGAUCGUCCUGGGCUUAUCUUCUGGAGCAAUGAUAUAGGCGCUGCUUGCUUCAAAGUCAAGUCUUUGGAAACUGGAACAUAUCUGGAAAAUCGCAUUCCCAGUGGAAUGAGCAACCCCUACAUCACUCUGGCGGCAACCAUAGCUGCAGGUCUUGAUGGGAUUGUAAAGAAGCUGGAAUGUCCGCCUGUAGAUCAAUCAUCUUCUUGUGCCCUUCCAUGUACUCUGUCAGAGGCUAUUAAGGAGCUUCAGGGAGAUACGGAUAUGGUAAAUAGCCUUGGAAAAGAAUUUAUUGAAUGGUUUGUGUGUACCAUUAAGACAGACAUUGAAUCUAAUGUUGUUUAACAUAGGAGCAUCACCGUCUACAACAUGAGGAAGGUCGUUUUCGUCCCCAAGUGUGUCUACAUGUCAAAUACGAGUAUAUAUUCAAACAAAUGUGUAUCAAAUGAUCGAGGACUGUGGUGACAAAAGGAAUAUUAUAAUUGUAAUCAAACCACAAAUGUAUACGAAAUCAUUGCUGAGUUGUUUUGUGUCAUUUGUCAAAAAGAGGGUAUUAUUAUUCUUAGAUUAAUUGACAGAGCUACAUGUAGUAUCUGAAAUAUUGGCUUGAAUGUCUAUAUAUGUCAGCAAGAUAACAGGACAUUUUAAAGGUAUUGGAGAUAUUCUAAUAGAACUUAGCAUGACGUCAAAAACUUUGAAAAGUUGAAUUUUAGAAGAGUAAAAUAAGAUCAUUUACAAUUUUUAAAGAUUUUAGAACUACAUGUUUACUGGAUUUAUGACCAAAGCGCUGAUUUCUGAACUCUGGGCUUGCACAUUAUUGUAAGUCAAUAGCAGUAUAAUAUCUAAUCCUGGGGGUCUAUGUCGCUGAUACCACCUCCAUGGUUUAGUGGAUAGAACGUCUGCCAGGAGAGUGGAAGGUCGUGGGUUCGAUCCCCGGCCUCGUCAUACCAAAA